GGAAGAUUGGGUGCGUACACAUUUUUCAUGACACAGACCCUUUAUUGUAAAAUCAAAUAAAAGUUGGCAGUUUUCGUAAUUAUAUUUUCCAACCUAAACUUCCGAAUCCGACACUAGGGUUUAUAUUGAAAAUUCCCGACUGCAGUCCAAGCGCAUCAACCGUCCAGCCAGAGAGAGAGAGAGAUGGGGUCGCGAGAGAAGGACCAGACGACACCGCACCAGCCUCUUCUCAGCAGCCUCGUUGUGCGGCCCUCCGACAGCGGUGGUGGCGGAGGAGGUGGCGGUGGUGGUGGAGCUGUUGAUUACGAGCCCGGCGAGGUUCGUCGGGAACCACCCUCUUAUUCCCGUUCGGGUCGAUAUUCCGAUGGCCCAGGAUAUAGAAUUGGUGUAGGUUCUAUCUCUCCUGUGCACCGCAGGAAUGCAGAUCAUCACUAUGGUUCUGAUUAUGAUCAUCCGGGACGCAGCCGUGGAUUUGGCAGUGGAAGAGAUUCUGGUAGAUAUCGAGACAAUUCACCCCCUUAUGGUCGAGGACGAGGUGGCGGCAGGCCAUUUGUUAGAGGUUUUGAUGGACCUGAAUUUGGUCCUGGGUCAUUCAGAGGUGAAGGCGCGGGUAGAAAUAAUCCAAAUGUGCGUCCAAGAGAAGGAGAUUGGAUUUGCCCUGAUCCCCUGUGUGGCAACCUCAACUUUGCAAGGCGGGAGUAUUGUAACAAUUGCAACAGAUCUCGUUUUGGAGCUGGAGGGAGCCCUCGGAGGGGUUAUCCUGGCCCACCGCCUCCACAGGCUCACCCUCGACGCUUUUCUGGCCCCUCAAUGGAUCUUUCCCCUGGCAGGAUUGCUAAUGGCUAUAGAUCUCCGUCUCGUGGUUGGGCCAGAGAUGGCCCUAGGGAGUUCGUUGGUGGCCCACCAUAUUCCAGGCACGAGGGCAGGUUUCCUGAUCAUCACAUGCGGAGAGAUCGACCAGAUUAUGUUGAAGAAGACUACCGAGAGAGGAGCAGGUUUGAUAGGCCUGUGCCGCUGGAUUGGGGCCCUAGAGAACGUGGAAGGGAUAGCUUUUUAAAUGAACGGAAAGGGUAUGAGAGACGGCUACCAUCUCCUGUGCCACCGCCGCCACCACCACCACCUCCUUCUCACCGUGGUCGAUGGGCACGCGAUGCGAGGGAGAGAAGCCGAUCACCAAUUAGGGGACCACCAGCGAAGGACUACCGCCGGGAUAUGUACAUGGAUCGGGGGAGAGAGGAUCGUCGUGGCGUGAUGCGAGACCGGAUUGGCAAUGCCUAUUAGCAGGGGUUGAAAGUUGAAUUAAUGAUUUAGUGGGAGGAUAAUUUUGUUUUUGAUCAAACUAGAGUUCUAUUCGUCUGUUUAUGAGUUGAGUAGCUUAGGCUGACACUGUUGUUGUGUGUUUGGUUUAUGAUUUGUGAAACACCUUGGUUUUGUGUUGUGGAAAAUCUUAAAAGAAAACAGAUCAAAGACCCCUUUAGAAUUUUGAA